UGGUUAUUACGGUCCGCCUUCUUACUACCAAUCACCCAACCGCCCUCCGUACCAAACCCAUCCAUCUUACCACCCGCAUCAGAACAAUACGAUGAUGACUACCAAGUCAACAAUGGGUCUGACUACUAUCCGUACCAUGAGGAACCACCAUAUGAUACCCCAUCUGAGAACUUUGGAUAUUCUCCGUACCAAGACUCUGAUGGGGAAGACUAUUAUGAACCUCAUGGUGAUCACGAUGACUAUGACCGCAAUGGGCCUAUAUACGACGAUCAACCUGAUCCACUCGUCGAAGAAAUCCUAAGAUUAGAACAGAAAAUCUUCUAUUUCGACGAACUUUUAUUCGCUGAAGGUUCGUGGUACGAACCACCCUACUCCCGCGACUACACCUUGUUUGCUGAAGAACAAAUUAAAGCGAACAAGGUGGCAAUUCGAGAAAGAGCAAAACUUCUUGAAUCAGUCCAGAAGGAAAAGGAGUUCGAAAGGAGAUUAUGCGAAGGAUCAGAAAUGAUGCAGAAAAUGCUGGACGACUUCCAAAGAGAGAGACUAGAAGCCGAGGCUAAAGCUGAUAAAUUUGUCAAUGAUCUCUGUAAGGUUAUUGAGCUUAAACGCUCCCUCCAAUCUCAAGAUCCACAAUUGGAGGAAGUUAAUGCUCAAAAAGAGGCUCUAGAACCUAAGACCAACCCUGAACCAUCCAACCAUCAGGUGCCAGUUCUAGAAGAUUCACCAAGUUCUACACCAUCACAGAAACCCGAGAGCAUAACAACUCUUGCUGGGGCUACUGUGGUGAUGUUA